GAAAUCAUCAUCCUCAAAAAACUCUCGUUUACGACGAACACAGAACACACUAGUGGGUGAAUCUUCUGGUGCGUAAUGGAAGUGAGUAUGUCUCUGAACGCGUUAACUCGGCUUCCCCUGAAGAACACGGGAAGAUUCGAAGAGGUUGGUUUAGCUAGACACUCGCUGUUUAGCUCGAGAACGGCAUGUCGAGAGACGGCGGUGCAGCAGCGGCGGAUGGCUUUUGUGGUAGAGGCUAAGGGGAAGAAAGGUAUGGCUGCUCGUCAGUAUCAACGUACUCCUCCUCCUAUGCCUAAGAUUGAAGAAGAUGGAAACCCAAGAUUCGUUAUCUUCAUCCGUAUGGCCAAUGUGUAUCUUUGGUAUCCUCUUAGUAUAAUUGCUGGUGGUACCACUGCCAAGAUCAUGGUUGCUGCAAAAGAUAACCUUUUGGGGAAGUAUAUCUACAAAGACACCAUUGCAAGGAACAUUGCCGCUGUUAUUUACAGAGAUGAGAAAGAAAUACAAAAGACAGCAAUAAAGCAGCACCGUGUCUUGCGUUCAGCCACUGACUUUCGAUAUGGCUACAAACUUGUUGAAAACGGAAAUAUGAGAGCUGCACUUAGUACCUCAGAUGUUAUCGAGCUCCCAACCCAGGACCAGCUUAAAACAGUGUUCGACAAAGUUAAAGACUAUUUCGGCGAUGCAAAAGAGUCAUUCGGAAAGUUAACAUCGCUGAAUCCUGGAACAGACGAAAAAACUGAAGAAACCCCCGAUGAGAAAGCCAAGUAAGUAUAAACAGGGCCUAAAGCAGAACAAUUGACACUUGGUUGGUUGAUUUUGAUGUCUCAACCAUAUCCGGAUGGGCUGCAGAAGGUCAUUGGAUACUACGAGAUUACCGCUAUCUUGUGCACAUUUUCUUUAUACAUCUCUCACAGAAACAGCUUCUGUUAAAUCUCUUGUAACAUAUAACUUAUUGUGAAUUUGUAGAUUUGUUGAAAGAAAGAGCCGUUGGUUACAACUUGCGAGA